AUGCUCUUCAGCCUCAAGUACAUGGGCAUGACGCUGGUGGAGCAGCCCAAGGGAGAGGAGCUCUCUGCGGCCGCCGUCAAAAGGAUCGUGGCCACUGCAAAAGCAAGUGGAAAGAAACUGCAGAAAGUGACUCUGAAAGUCUCGCCCAGAGGGAUCGUGUUAAACGACAGCGGAACGAACGAGCUGAUCGAGAACGUCUCCAUAUACAGGAUAUCCUACUGCACAGCAGACAAGAUCCACGAUAAAGUGUUUGCCUACAUUGCCCAGAACCAGCUCAAUGAGAACCUGGAGUGCCAUGCCUUCCUCUGUACCAAACGGAAAAUGGCACAAGCGGUCACCCUCACCGUAGCUCAAGCCUUCAAAAUCGCGUUUGAGUUAUGGCAGGCGGCUAAGGAAGAGAAGGAGAAGCGGGAAAAGUCCAUCUUGGAAGGAGAAGCAACGAGCAGCUCCAGCUCAGAAGCCCCUGCCCACCACGACACACCAGCAGCCACGGGGAACUUGCUGGAUUUAGAAGAUCCUGCCAAAUCGCCCCUGACCAGCAGCGCAAACUCCCCUCACUUAGAUAACAGCAUGUUUGGGCCGAGCUCCUCUGUAAAUAACAACGUGGUGUGGGAAAUGGAUGACGGUCUCGACGAGGCGUUUUCAAGGCUGGCUCAGUCGAGAACAAACCCUCACGUCCUUGACACGGGACUGACGGCUCAAGACAUCCAGAGUGCAGAAACGCUCUCACCUGUAGACUGGAACAAAAUGGAUUCCAACACAGGCGAGAAAGAUGAUCUGUUCAUGUUUUGA